UCCUCGAUAAAUCCGGCCGCGAUCUCUGCGUUACAUUUGUCGUGCUUAGCGAUGGAGAUACUGCAAGAGAGACGUUAUAUCGAUAGAAGCACUUCAAACUCGCAGUUAGAUCAUGCUGCUCACAACAAACUACCGUACCACGAUGGCUCCGAUUGGUUUAUUGGGUACAGGCCAGUUUGCAACACUUCAUACGACGUGUCUUUGCUCGGCGAGGCCGUAAGACGAGCGCAAGGGUUGGCCCCAGCGCGAUUGCAGUUUAACGGAGAGAAACUCACUCGCUUGCUCCAAGUGUACGAAGAAACGUGUAGACCAAGCAAGGCUCGCGUGCGAAUGCUGGCAUCAGAACUACAAACCACCGAGAAGCGAAUCACGCAAUGGUUCAUAAACCGCCGAAACAGGUUUAAAAAGAUGGAAGAGAACUGGGACGAAUUAUCAGGUAGCGUUCAACAGAAGCGUAAACGUUAGUUACACAAGCGGAAUCUUGGAAUGACUGCUACAAGAGAAUUCCAUCGCAAAGAAAUGAUAGCGCGCAAGUGGACUACGGCAAUUCACUUGAUUAUUCUACAACUAAACCCCUGAGCCACUUUAGCCCUCUCUACGACUCAUCACCGUCUGGCCAGGGCUUAGAGGAGGACUCGUCAAGGUUUAACUACUCUAACACUGUGCCUUUGAGGCAUUUCUUAGAGCCAGAAGCGCGUGAGUUUGUGGUUUGGGAUCCAGCGCCAGGUGUCGAGGCGAGAGAGGAAAACACGCCGCCCUCUGUUGCUUCUCUCUCUUUUCUGCGAACACACCCAGAAUUGAGGUACGUUAGUACAAAUGAACUAUUACAGGCCAAGAGCGAGGAGACACGAAAGGCCGAUACACUCUCGACGACUCCUCAACAAAAUGCAAAGGUUGAUUACAUUAGUAGGAGAGAUGGUCUAUCACAUGGUGCAGAGGUGAACAACGAGACACUACCCUCCAUUGGCGCGCCCGAGAAGCAAA